AUGGUCAAGGCAAUCGACGGAAAGGUCCGCCCCUUGGCGCCCUUUGACAAAACACUCGAAAAGUCGACGCUCAAGGGCGCCUCGAGAAUCUACGUCAACCGGGACUCCCUGAUUCAACUCACAGGGAGCGUGGACAACGGCCGGCGCUGCGUCGUCACGAGGACCGCCGCUCAGGAUGCAGCCAACUCUGCCGGGGCGGCAGCGGAGCCGCUGCGUCGGGAGGCCGCGCUCUGGACGCUCGCGGACAAGAAUAUCAGCCCCAACAUCAUACUCAUGAGCGAGGCGUACCGCAGGGCCUGCGGGUUCGAGCUGGGCGACCAGAUUACGAUCACGAUGACGGAGAGUCCUGUGGUGCCUGACGCUGAGUCGGUGAGCGUGCUGCCUGAGACGACGUCUGAGAGGGAAAAGGCCGAGAUCAGCGCAUGGGAGGGGGCGUGGGUGGGAGUGAUUCGGUUUUAUCUUGGACGAGCCGAACAAGUCUUUCCGGGCAUGAAAUUUGAGUGUGUGGCGCCUGGGUCAAAACAAGUAUUCAAGAUCACAUCCGUAGACGGCCAGACAAAUAACGUAGCCCGUUAUGUCGUCUCAACAAUACCCACCAUCGUCUCGGGUGAGGAAGAGGAGCCUGUCGAGGAAGUCCGCGACGUGACGAAACUCGUCGUCCCAAAUAUCCCCGGAUUACAUGCGGAAGAAAAGAAACUGCGGAGCUUCCUGCGCGGCUUCAACGCAAAGUUCGUCUACAGGGGCCAGCAAAAAUCAUGUGGAAUCGUCAUCCACGGCGGACGAGGGACCGGCAAGUCGUACAUCCUGAACCGGAUAGCGAGUACGGGCUGGGGUCGAGUCUUCCGGAUCGAAGAAAACGACAAGUCGUCGACGGUCGAGGAGGUCUUCAAGCAAGCCCGGACGAUGCAGCCUAGCAUCAUUCUCAUUGAUGGCCUCCAGGCCCUGAUUGGAAAGGACCGGGCAAACUCUACAGCCAUCACCCAGCGGUUAGGCCAGCAGCUCGACCAGCUGGCCGAGGAUGCUCUCAAGAACGGCACACUGCCAAAGGUCGUGGUUAUCGCCACCUGUCUGGACUACAUGACGGACGUACCUCCCGAGCUACAAAAGAGAACGAGAUUCGAGCGGAACAUCCCCCUCUCGAUACCCAACGCAGAGGGCCGGCUCGAGAUUCUCAAAUCUUUUGAAAUACCCAUCCUACCAGAGGUCAAGGACGUGAUGCUAGCCAAGCUCUCACAACAAACACACGCCUUCAACGCAAGCGACCUCGACAGGCUCAUCGAAAACGCAAUGAUCAUCUCAGCAGAACGCCUCGACCCAGACGAAGCAGGCUACGACGACGAGGCCCUGGGGCCCCCCUACCUCUCCCGCGAGGACCUCGAGCACGCCCUCCGCUCCACCAGACCAACAGCCAUGCACGACGUGAACCUCAAGCCGCCCACGAUCCACUGGCAGGACGUCGGCGGCCAGGAAAGCCUCAAGAACGCCCUGCGCAACAUGAUCACCCUCACAACGACAAACGACCCGACGGUCCAGAAGCUCAUCCUCACACCGCCAAAGGGUCUCCUCCUCUACGGCCCGCCGGGUUGCUCAAAGACGCUGUCGGCGCAGGCCAUGGCCACCGAGUCCGGCUUCAACUUCUUCGCCGUCAAGGGCGCGGAGCUGCUCAACAUGUACGUGGGCGAGUCGGAGCGUGCGGUCCGGCAGCUUUUUGAGCGCGCGCGCGCCGCGAGCCCGAGCAUCAUCUUCUUUGACGAGAUCGACUCCAUCGGCGGCCAGCGUGCCGGUAAUGGCGGCGGUGGCGGUGCUGCAAAGAGCCAGGGGGCCGUCAACAUGCUCACGACGCUGUUGACGGAGAUGGACGGCUUCGAGGCGCUGUCAGGGGUGCUUAUCCUCGCGGCGACGAACCGGCCCGAGGCCAUGGACCCGGCUCUCCUCCGACCCGGCCGCUUCGAUCGGAUCGUGUACGUUGGUCCGCCGGAUGCCGCGGGGCGGGAGGCCGUGUUUAACUUGUACCUGCGCAAGCUCCCCCUCGCGGCGGACGUGGACGUGGCAGAGCUGUCGAGGUUGGCGGAGGGCUUCUCGGGUGCCGAGAUUAAGCAGAUUGUCAAUGUGGCGACGGAGCCGGCGUUGAGCAAGACGCUGAGCAGGACGCAUAUUGGGGCCACGGAGGAGGGUGGUGGCGGCGGCGUCAGGUUGGACGGGGAGGCGGAGCAGGUGCAGGUUUGCAUGGAGGAUAUUGUGGACGCCAUCAAGUCUGUUCCCAAGGGUAUCACGCACCAGAUGCUGGACGGCUACGAGAGGUGGUCGAAGCAGUUUAUGAAGCAUCAGAACCAGAAAUAG